AUGGAGCAAUCGAGCGAAAGUUUGGUUGAUGCUAUCGAUGCUCUCUUCACAGGGCAGUCGGAAACAGCCGUCACAGAGGAAGACAUCGACAAGGUCCUCAACGACGAUCAGUUUGAAGAAGAGGAGGGCGGGGGGGUUGUGCUCGACGCGCAUGCUAAGAGCUCGAACAGAACACAAGUGACCAUAUCCUUUGAUGCGGCGGGAGCGGAGAGGCCCUCGGAGAAAACUGGGGAGUUGUCGGAGGCUGCGGGCGAAGAACGAGCGAGUGGGACGAGGCAGAACAGGUGGAAGAAGGAGGAGCACGAGUUGUUUCUGCAAGGGGUUCAGAGGUAUUGCCAGUCGUUCCCUCGGAUCGAUGAGGACGGGGUCUUUGUUGGAUUAGGGGACGGCGUCGCUGACAUCAUUGCCGCGGAGAUCGGUACGAGGACAGCAGCUCAGGUCCGAUCGCACGCGCAGAAGUACUUCUUGAGCAAGCAGUACAAGAGAAGUUCUGCUGCCAACGCUCCUGGCGGGUCAUGA